AUGUCUCUCCACCAUGAUUGGCUUCAACUUCUGGAUCAGAUGCGGUCGAUAUCUGAGGAGCUCUUACUUCAGAUCCCUGUUAUAAAGCGGAGUCAUGAUCAGCAAAACAUCAAAAGCUUUCGGCUGGUUACUGAUCUUGCAGAGAAUCAUACACAAAGCCGAAGGUUUAUCGUACACAUAUUGGCAAUAAAAUUGUUGAUUAAGAAUAAACUUGAUGAUCGAGUGGCAAGCGUUCGUGAACUCUUUUACAAAGACGUGUCCUCCUUUCAAAAUAAGCAGAGUGUAUUGAGCCGAGCUUUACACAAUGUAUCCCUAAUUCAUGAAGAAUCUUUAAGUGAAGACUACAAAGUUUUACCAUCUCCAAAAGGGUACUUGUACGGAGGGCCGGGCAUAGAGUUCAUCCAGAAGUCAUCCCAAAAGAUGAUUCUCACCUACUCUUCCAAGAUACAGCUUAUACCCCAUUUCUCGAACUGUAUUAGUAUUCGGUCCAAACCAUCGGCCAUAGUGAUUUUCGAAAAGGAUUCUGUUUUCCAGUCAUAUUGUGAUCAUUACAGAAAAGUCGCUUUCGCCUCAAGGUUCUCUUGUAUGUUCAUGACGGCGAAAGGGUUUCCCGAUCAAGCAUCGACUAGGUUCUUGAAAAACGUCUCCACCUUAUGUGAGGAUGCUCCCAUAAUUGCUUUUAUGGAUUCCGACGUCUAUGGUGUCAACAUAUUCUUAUCUUUUAAAAAAUCUCUUGGUAGAGAAGGAGCCAGAAUGAGCUUCGGUGGAGUGUUCCUAUUAGAUUACAGAAAGGGCUGGGUCACGAUCAGUAGGCGUGAUAUCUUAUUGAUCAUAUCCACAUUACGGAGAGUAUCGUCCGCGACACAUCAGGGGACUGUGCAACACAAAAGAUUUGAAGCUUGCACGUUUAGAAGGCUCAAACAGGAACUAACAAGAGGCCUACUUAUUUUUAAGAAAGCAGAAAUGAACACGAUAGGUACAGCCAACGCGGAAGACCAUACGCUUUUUAGUUAUGUGGAUGCUAAGUUGAAAGCUUUACAAGGGGGUUAUCAUGAGUUGAGUGAUUCCGCGUGA